UAAAGAAAUUAAAAUAAAAGGCAAAGUCUUGUAACCUGACAGCGGCUAAAGGCUUGUCGCGCGCGCAGAGAUGUGUUAGCGGUGCUCGUGCGGACUGCGGUAAAAAGCGAGCUCCUCCUCUGACGGAAACUUUAAUUCACGUGAAUGAGUUCAGGGAUUUGCGCGUGCUCGUGUGGCAGAGAACGUAACUGACACGGGGAUUAAAUCUCAUGAGAGCCGGUCUGAGCCACAAACACCCCUGGACGGACCCACGGGCAUCCACGCACCGCACUCCUCCAUUUAGCUCCGUGUGCUCCCGUUAUGGUGGGAGCACGCGCGCCGCUCUCUGUUCCAACACAUUCUCUGCUCUGACUGUGUUAUGGUCGGAUGGGAAACUAACAGCCAAGCUCAGCGACUAAACACCGGCUGUCGUUCUUUCACAUGGGCGAAGACCAGGACCGGUUCAGCGCCCGGACUCGCCGCGGAAGAAGUGAAGACAACGGAGACAACGGAGCGUCUCUGGACCCGGAGAGGAAGAGGAGAUAUGAGGAGCUGUUCCAGCAGCUGGACCUAAAUAAAGAUGGCAGGGUGGACAUUAGUGAACUGAGGACCGGACUGGCAGCCCGAGGUUUACACCGAGGAGAGGCAGAGGAGAUUGUCCUUGAGAGCGACAUCAACCAUGAUGGACUGCUGGACCUCGAGGAGUUCUCACAGUACAUGCUGCAUCACGAGAGGAGGCUACAGCUCAUGUUUCACAGCCUUGAUCGCAAUAAUGAUGGUCGGAUUGAUGUUGGGGAGAUUAAGCAUUCACUGCGAGAGCUUGGAGUGGAGGUUACCAUGGAACAGGCCUCCAGAAUACUGCAGAGUAUGGACAGGGACGGGACUAUGACGAUCGACUGGAAUGAAUGGCGGGAUCACUUCCUGUUCAACCCUUUGCACAACAUGGAGGAGAUUGUCCACCACUGGAAACAUUCUCAUAUGUUUGACAUUGGAGAACAUCUGACGGUGCCAGAUGAGUUUUCAGAGCGGGAGCGUCGCUCCGGUGUGGUUUGGAGGCAGUUGGUUGCUGGAGCUAUGGCAGGAGCAGUGUCACGGACAGGAACUGCUCCUCUGGACCGCCUCAAAGUCUUCCUACAGGUUCAUGGUUCUUCAUCGCGGGGGAUCAAUCUGUGGUCAGGUCUUAGAGGGAUGGUCCAGGAAGGAGGCGUCUUCUCACUGUGGAGAGGAAAUGGCAUCAAUGUCCUCAAGAUUGCACCGGAAUCUGCCAUUAAGUUCAUGGCAUAUGAACAGAUUAAGUGGGUGAUGCGUGGCAGUAAAGAGGGGGGCAGUUUGAGGGUCCAGGAGAGAUUCAUCGCUGGUUCUCUGGCAGGAGCUACGGCCCAGACCAUCAUUUAUCCCAUGGAGGUGUUGAAGACUCGACUUACAUUAAGGAAGACUGGCCAGUACUCAGGUAUGGCUGAUUGUGCUCGACAGAUUCUGAAGGCUGAGGGUGUUCGGGCUUUCUACAGGGGCUACCUGCCAAAUACACUGGGCAUCAUUCCCUAUGCUGGCAUCGACCUCGCUGUGUAUGAGACACUGAAGAAUGCAUGGUUACAGAGGUACUGCGUAGCUUCAGCAGACCCAGGAGUCUUGGUCCUCCUGGCUUGCGGAACCAUCUCCAGCACCUGUGGCCAGUUAGCCUCCUAUCCCCUUGCACUAAUCCGGACCCGCAUGCAAGCACAAGCCAUCACUGAAGGCAUACCGAAGCUCACCAUGGUCGGCCAGUUCAAAUAUAUCAUUUCCCAUGAAGGGGUACCUGGCCUGUAUCGUGGAAUUACCCCCAACUUCCUCAAAGUCAUUCCUGCUGUCAGCAUCUCCUAUGUGGUGUACGAGCACAUGAAGAAAGUUCUUGGGGUGGGCUACUAGUCUUGCACAAAAACUGGGUCUGUGACUUGAAGAGGACAGUGAACACGAAGUCAUAUUUUACCUCAGAGAGGAAAAAGAGGAUGUAUGAAGAUGGGGCAGCUCCUCAGACAUAUGAAGAAAACAGCUGGAUGUUGAAUCAAUCCAAGAGAGAAGAUGCACCACUAGAUGUGGAUGGUGAUGUGAUAUACUGUAUUUCCUGUGCAGCUUGCAGAUAUUUUACAGGACAUUAUAUUCAUUGGUUGAAGUUGUAGAAGACCGUGAGAUGAAGCUUUCCUCUGUCACUUAUGCACAGAUAUUUUUUGUAUGUACUUGGUCAAAAGAGAUUCAGAACAAUAAUUUCCACAGUUCAGUAUCUUCAUGUUCUUAGCUUUACAGUGUAGAGAGUUUGUUGACAAAUUUCUGAGAUGGUACUGUUAAGGGUAUCACCAUAAAAGCUGCCGCAGGUAGUCUGCGAGAAGCACAGCGAGUUAAAUUUUUAAAGGAAACAUUUUAAAUCCUGCUUUUUCACCCUGAAAUUAGAGCCUCUGGUAUAGGCCAGUGACGAGCUUGUAUAUUUGCAUAUUGAGCAGGGAAAGCAGACCUAAUUAUUGAAAGUAAAGAGAUCACUCAAGACACAAUUGUAAACACAUUUUAAUGCCAGGUGUGAACAAAACCACUUCAGGUUGGAUGUCUCAGGAUGCAUGUUAAGGUCUGAAGGGCCGGAUUGGUACAUCAGCUGCUACUACGUUUAAAAUAAUAUGGGCUAAUACAACAGGUGUGCUAGUACACUGAACACAUCUCAUUUUAACACAGUACAUGUUGAUGAAGCAGUGCAAAAAUACUAACAGAAGCAUUUGCCUUCUUUAGUAUACAUACCCAGUACAUAUCCUCUUCACACCUAUAGCCACCAGUCUGAGAGCUAUUCUCCUUUGACAAAAAAUAACAAUACUACCUUGCCAAACACAGCUGCUGGUCAGGUUAAUUUGACUGUGAAGUUUUGAGACUCUACAGUCUCAUAUCACACUAAUAACACAAAUAAUGGAACCUCAGAAGAACCUCAGCCACCAGGCUGGUAUAUACUGUAUAUAUAUAAAUGACAGGUACAGGUACCUGGUGCAAAACAUUAUCCAGAUUUUUAUGUACUUUAAAAUCAAUCAACCAGCUAUUUUGAGCUUAAAGGGUAAGUUCGCAAUUAGUUCUAGAACAAUGGUCAUGUGACCAUAUAGUAAUUACAAAGGGCUUUAUUUAUUGUAUUCAUCCAUUCUGUUUAUAGUGGCUAUUAAAAGAUACCAUCUUAAUAAUACUCUUAACAUCCAUUAAGCCACCAGCAACCCAUGUCAGGAUUAGGGUAACGUUUAAACCAUGUCUAAACUGAUGUGUAGGCCAUGUCUCAGCCACAUGUUAAAGGUCUUUCAAAUCAAGUCUGAUACGUGCACACUGGCCUUGCACAUCAGUUCUUACUCUAAAUCUGUACUAGGGUGAAAAGAAGGGGUGUUAAAAGUUCACAGUUCAGCUUUCCUUUACCUCAGAUACACUUUUAGAAAAACUUUGUCCUACUAACACUCACAGUGAAAGAUGAACUGUCCCAUUUAAAUGAGGAAUAACGACAGUAAACUGUUCAUGUGGACACCUGAAUAAUAAUAAUCAGACUCAAAAAACAUGUCUGUCUUUUAACUGGAGGAAAACAGACCCAGGCAAACAGCAGUGUCCAGGCCAGAAAAGAAGAGCCAUCAUUUUCACCAAAAAACAGUGAUACCAGGAUGUGAAAUCUGUUGUUAGAUGCAUUUCUAAAUACAAACGCAUUUCAGUUUCUGUAGAAUAUUAACAGUGGUUAACCCUGUACAUCUUUUUGUGAGUUGGUUUAAAUUAAAAGGAGGUCGGCUGCACAUUUGAAUAGUGAUACAUCAGUGUUUGGUGACUGCGCUCAGAUCAUUGUCCUGUGAUGAAAGUGUUUGAAGUCGAAAACACUCAAAGCGUUGGAUUAAGUUCUCAUGAUGAAGAGUCAAAGGCGUCUGGUUUCAUGUGUAAAUGCUGGCAGUAAUCAUGUUUCCAUAAAAUGAAAGCCAAACUUUCAAAAAGUCACAAUAAAGAACAUUUGUUUUUUCCAUAAAUAGGUUUUGGGGGAACAACUGCUUCAGCAUUUCACUGCUUCCAUCAUGACUCUUAAUCCUAUCAAACACUUAAAACAAUCUGAAUUUUAACAGAAAAGUCAGAAAAAGCCUACUGAACUGUUUUCCAUAUCUUGUCCCAUGUACUACAGCUUUGGCCACAAAACACUCUGAAUUGAAAGCAUUUGCAGGUGGAAUCAUCUGCUGUUUUAAGAAGAAAAAAAAUUAGCAUUUGUAAUUUGCAUGGUUUUGGUAAAACCUAUAUUUGCUGCAUAAACUGUAGGGGUUUUUACCACUCUAAUAGUUUCUUGGUGCAGCUGUGAAUCAGCUGCACGUAAAGGAAGUGUGCAUACAUUUCCAUAAAGUUUGAGCAUACAUAGAAGGAAAAUAAUUAUAUCUGUAUAUUAUGCUUAUGAAUGCCUAAUUCCCUAAAGAGUACCUUUGAUUUUUUUUCCCUGCAAGCAUACAUGAAAUGAAGAUUGCUUAUUGCCAAUGAGGCCUUGCAAGCAUGACAUAUUUUUAUAAGCAUGAGUGCAUGUUUCUGAGCCUUGUGUGAAACUGUAGCCAGCCAGCUUCAGUGUGUGGACUCUUUUUGCCUUUCUUCUAUGAGCUAUUUUCAACCCCAGAAUACAAAGAUGUUGUACUGUAAGUUUGAUAACAAAGGCAACAAAAAGAGCUUUCUAGUUUUGAUAAAUCUUCUGUGUACUAUUGAAUGUGUAUGUGCACUUUACAUACUUUGAUGAUGGACAGAAAUAUGUUACAAUGUUUGAAGAAGUUAAAAAGGGCAUGUUGUCACCAUACAGGCUGUUUCUAUCUGUACACCUGCAACAUCUUUGACAGUUGAAAACAUUAAUAUAAAGCUAAGGUAAUGUCAGCAAAAAAAAAAGUUAUUACAACUUAUAUUUAAACAAAUAGUUGCCUAUAGAGUGCAGGAAUCAUACAUUUCUAUAGGGUAAGUCAGAUGUUAGUAUUACUCCUUUUCUCUCAUCUUGAAGAUAAUGAGGUUUUUGAAUUGGUGUUGAAU